UAGCUUGAAAGUACUAAAAAACAAUUUACUCUAAACAUAUUUUCUGCUGUAACACUCUUAGUAUCAGUUGUAGGUAAUGUUUUUUUAAAAAUUUGAUAGUGAACUUUGAAUAUUAUUUUUUAAAUAAAUAAAUUUUAAUUUAUACACGAAUAAUAGUUUAAUAAUGGUGAAGGAAAAAUAAGAGUGAAAUACUUGUUUAAUUUUAUUCUGAGGAUGAAAGAGAAAUAAACUUAAACAGCUGACUGAGACAUAUGUAAAGGGCAAAUUUUUCUGUCGGCACAAUGCAUUAUAUUCAUAAUCCAUAAAAAAAAAUACAAAAUUAUAACGAUUAUUUCAAAUUCCAUUCAUAUCAGUGCUACCAUUUUGAUAAAUGUUCUUCGGCAUUUACAUAAGAGAAAAUGAGAUACACACAUAUCGUUUGAAUCAUAUAGAAAAAAAAGAAUAAAAGAGAAGCAAAAUAAAAUGGCUAUUUCUUUGAAAGUCGGAACUGUAGUGUGAUUUUAUUUUUUUUAUUUGCAAAUGAAAAGUAUAUUUUAUUUUAUUUAUAAAAUUUAAAUUCAUCAUAUAAAGUUGUGUAUUCAAAAUAGUAACUUAAUGCGAUUGUUAAAGUUGAAACGGGUAGAUAUUCGCAUAAAAAACGCAUGAAUUGUUUGGAGGUACUGAAAAUUUCCAAUAAUAAUUAAAAAAGAAAAAUUUAGAAAUCAAUAUGUUAUUUGUUCAAUGUUGAAAGAAUUGUAUAAAAAAAUAUAAAAAGUUUAAAGCGGCUUAAACAAUAAUUUGUAAAGAUAUAUAAGUCUUAAUGUAUACAUGCAUAGGGAUUUACUCUUCAAUAUUUUUUUUUUAAUAAAGGAGAAUCGGAAGGAACAUUGAUUUUUUGAGUUUGUAUUAUAUAGGUAUCUACAUUUAUGUAUGUAUUUCAUUAAUGUUAUAAUUAUUCGGUUGGAAUACUUUUUCUCUUAGUAAAAAUUUUAUUCAUUGACAACUCAACGGAACUUUUCCAUUUCUUAAUUGUAAAAACUUAAUUAAAAUUUUUAUAUACCAACGUAUCUCUUUUUAUGCACAUUUUUGAAAUGGUGUCCACUAAUGUAAAUUUUAUUCAAAAAUAGAUAAUACAACUACCAUCAUUAAAGAAACAAUCAAAUGUAAAGGCAACCGUGACUUUCAAGAAUGGGUAAACGUUUGGCAUCUGAUAAUCAUCAAAUUCCACCAAAAAAGAAAAGAUUAAAUGGAUAUAAAAAGCAGAAACGCAAAAACAGUGGUUCUUCAAACGAACAACCCAGCUCUGAUGAAGAUUCUAUUGGUGAUACAACCGAAAAUAUUUCAAUAACGAAAAAAAUUGAUGUGCAUAUGAAACAAAAUGAUUCUUCACCGAGACCUAUUUACCAAUUAUCUGGAGAUAUUGUCAACGGAACAAUUCUAACGGACAUCAAACAAAAACAGUGGAGAAUUGGGAAGCCUGUUGGUAAAGGAAGCUUUGGAGAGAUUUUUCUUGCUUCAGACAACGUGAAAACACCAGUGACUAAAGAUAAUGCAAAAUAUGUUGUUAAAAUUGAACCACAUUCAAAUGGUCCAUUAUUCGUUGAAAUUCACUGCCUAAUUAAUGUUAAUAAAAAGGAUGACGAGAAAGAACCUAUGCCUCCUGGAGUUCCUUCAUAUAUUGCUUCUGGAUCACAUUAUUUUCGUAAUGAACGUUACAGAUUUUUGGUAUUGCCCAGAUUUGAUCGUGAAUUGCACUCAAUUAUAAAACAUUGUCGAGUUAGUCAAAAAUCUUUAAUCGUUUUGGCUGUUCAAAUUCUGGAUAUACUACAAAUACUACAUGAUAAAGGAUAUUGCCAUUCGGACAUUAAAGCAGAAAAUUUAAUGAUUAGUAAAUGCACUUAUAGAAAAUCAUUAGUUAUGCGGUAUAGGUCAAAGGAUAUAGAGUCAGAUCAUGAAAGUUCGGAAGUCGAAGACGAAAGCAAUGACGAAAAUAAAAGUAGUGACGGAGAGAGUGACUCUGCAAAAACAGAUACUGACAGUGGUGAACAAGAAAGUGAUUCUGAUGGAGAGGAUAAUUAUGAAGAUGACGAAGAUGGAGAGGAAACAGAAGAUGAAUCAGAAGACGAAGCUAAUGGAGAACAGAGUGACUCAGACUACAAUUACAAAACGCCAGUGAACAAAAAGACAAGAUUAAAAAAAAAUUAUGUUCAAUUUAGUGGUUCAAAUCCUGUGCGUUCUUGCCGUUCUAAAAAUAGUUCUGCAAAUACAACCUACCAAGAAAUGGUUUCUUCACACUAUUUGCGACCAUCUAGAAAAGUUAAUUAUUCAUCAUUUUUCAACGAUGAUAAUUCCAAAAGUCCAAAAAACUCAGAUUGCAACGACGAAAAUGAUGAAAUUUGGACAAAUGCUAAUUAUUUAUCCAAAAAUUGUAGACUGAAAUAUCGUAAUAGCAACAACAGUUUAACAAAAUCAAAUCGCAAAUUAAAUACUGGCAAUAACCAUCACAAUAUUUCUAGAACAAAUGUAUUAUCUUCAGGAAGUGGAAGUGAGUGCAUCACUGAAGAACGCUUAUUUUUGAUUGACUAUGGACUAGCUUCAAAGUUUGUGGACGUAUCUGGAGUACACCGUCCAUUCUGUAUGGAUCAACGCCGAGCACACGAUGGUACAUUAGAAUUCACAUCACGAGAUGCUCAUAUGGGGGCUCAUUCGCGCCGAAGUGAUCUUGAGUGUUUAGGAUACAAUUUAAUAUUUUGGUCACAAGGAUUUUUACCAUGGCGAGAAAAAGCUGCCUUGCAACAGCCAGAAAAAGUUCAUGGCAUGAAAGAAUAUUUAAUGGCCGAUGUGCGCCAAAUGUUGAAACAUAUAUAUGGAAAACAAGUUCCUAAAUAUCUGGGAGAAUAUAUGUAUUAUGUCGGUAAAUUAGCAUAUGAUGAACGACCCGAUUAUGAAAAAUUAAAAAUGAUAUUUCUGAAGGAAUACAAAAAGCUAGGAUUCAGAGUGGAGCAUAUAAAACUAGAUUUAGAAGAUUUAUUGGAAAAUUCAAUUAACGUGAAAAAAGAAAUGCAAGACAAAAAUAUAUUAGAAAUGAAAAAUAUUAAAAGUAUUAUGAAAAAUUUAGGUGUUAUUAUGCCAUUCCAAGAGUCAAACGUUAGUAGGGUGUCGCCCAAAAAUUUGCGUUCUAAAGAAAAAAACUCUUGCAAGAAGAAAAAGAAAUUUUCAUGGGCUGAAAUACUAAGUCAGGACCCAGAUCAAAUUGCUCGAGAACGUGCUGAAAAAGAAUUCGAAAGAGAUUCGGCAGAGACACCAGUGAUACGUUUUAAAGGAAAGCCGACAUAUGCAAUAUUGGAGAUACAAAAUCGAAUAAGAAAAUUUAAGGACCGUUUAGAUUCUGUUCCUGAAGAAGGUGACGAAAGUGAAAACUUGCGUAUAAAGGGAUAUAAUAAACAAAUGAUUGAUGUUUUAAGAAAACGUCAACAGUCAUUGUUUGCAGAUGUUACAAAUAGCAAUGGUAAGAAAACGAAUAAAGGAACGGCAAACAACAUUCAAAAUAAUGAUACAUUCACAACACCGUUAAAAGAGCCUAAUAGGCGUUCAAAAGAUAUCAAACGUUUAAAAGAAGUUAUUUCAAAUAGUGGACCGGAAAUUGUUCGCACUAGAAAUAAAGAAGGGUUAAGAACUACAAUUACACCAACUAAACGUAGCUUAGAUUACACAUAUACUAAUCAAGCUAGGAAGCGUGCAGGAAAAAAACUAAACUUGGAGGAUGUGAACUGCAUUAGUGCUAAUAAUUAUAAAAUUGCCAAUGGUGUGGUCGGAAAUUCGAAAAACAAUUUUGCUGAUAAUUCCUAUAUUAAGAAUCGCUCAUUAGGAUCAAGUAUUAAAUCUUUACGUUCAACGACAAUUACAGCAGCUACUCCAACACCGUCAACAACAAAAACUGCUGCAAAUAAUUUUAAAAGUAUUCAAAAUAAUAAUCCUUGCUAUGAAAUAAGCGGGACUGAUGAUUCCUCUUGUAGUAGUAUUCACUCAAUUUCAAGUUUAAAUGAAAACAGUCGCAGUAGUGCUAGCAACAGUAGGAAAUCAACUAGAUCAAAGUCUUCUUCAGCUUCAUCGAAUUCCACAACAGCGUCGACAUCAUCUUCAAUGGCAGCGGCAGCAGUUACAGUUGCUCAAUCAUCAUCAACGACACAGAAAAUUUUAUCACGUUAUCAACAGACAUUAAAAAGAGUGGGCGAAAAUGAAAAUAGUAAUUCAAGUACCAAUAGUAACAAUAGUUGUAAUACUAUCAACAGCAACAAUUCAUUUCCACCAGCAAGUCUUAGUGAUGAAGAUACCCGUGAUGUAAUGGUUAGUUUUCCACCUAGAUCAACACUAAAAAGCAAAAGCAGUAACGCAAACAAUAAUAACAGUAAUAAUAAACCCCCAAUCAAUCGAGUACGAAUACGGAUUAAUGGUACUGCAUCAAUUGUAAAAGAGCUGAGUCCUAUAAAUUCCCAACAGAAGCAUCCUGUUAUAAUAAAUGGUGAAAAUAAUGCUUCAAAUGGAAACAUUACUAGCAGUAGUCGACGUAAAAAAAGUAUUCCACAAAAACGUAAUGUGAAAAGUGAGUAUUUGCGAUGCGUUUAGGAUUGAUAUAAAAAUAAACCUCUAAAAAUUGGUAAUAAUUUUUUCUGUAAACGUCAAAAUGUAAGUCAAAAACAAUAUAUUUAUGCAGAGGCAGAAUUUAUAAAAUAAAUUAUUCUUUUUUAAUAUAAAGAAAACAACAAAAGCAUAUUGUCUUUGCUUACUUCAUUGAAUUCCUAAAAAAUUCCUUGUUUGAGUUGUAUGUAUUUUUUCUAAAUAAGAACUGUAGCAAAAAUAUUAACACAAUACCGAAUAUAUGUUAUAUUUGUAUUUAAUAAUUUAAAUUUAUGAAAACAUUAAUAAUUGUGUAGCAGAUUACACAACUAUAGGUAAAUUAUAUUUUUGAUUAAAAUACAUUAUGUACAUAAUUUAUAUAUUUGUUUUGAUUUUAUAAAUUAAUUUUUAUUAAAAAAAUUACUUAAAUUAUUUUGUGGAAAAAUCUGCAAUCAAAAUAUUUUGCUAAAAUCGUCUAACUUAUUAAAAAUUUUAAUAUUUUAUUGCAAUGAAGACUGAUGUAAUAAUGAUUUAUGUUUUGCUUAAAACAUUAUAAAUCUUUUUCAUAAAAGUUAAUGUUGAUUGCAACCUAAGAAAUAUUCCAAGCAAAUUUGAUAUUCUUUGAUACACAUAUGCAUAUGCGUAAAAUAUGAGAAAGUGAAUUAAAAGAAAAAAAUAUAAAAUAAUUAACUUCGUAAUUCUCCAAUUAACAAUUAGCUGAUUUACAAUUUUUGUUGAAUUUUAUUUAACUUUAUUUACUUAUUUGUAUUGAUGUGCAUAUAUUUAAACAUUUUUAUAAAAACUAUAUAAAUACACGUGUAUGUAAAUACGUAUUAUACAGUAUACUAUUACAUAAUACUACAUUUAUAAAUAUACUUACAUGUACGCCCAUAUGUAUAUUUACAAUAAAAUGUAAUAUAAAUAAAUUUUUUUUAGUUAUAAUGUACCUAAAUUUGAAAUAUUUUAAAUAAACUUCUAAAUUUUCUUCCUUUUAUCCUAGUGUUUUUUUUAAAGAAUCGUUUGCUUCAUUCUACGUUUAUUGCCUUCCUAAGGUCUAUGAAAAGAUAGUUGAAUAUUUUUGAAAAAGAGCAAUUGCAAUUUUAAUGUUCUAAUGAAAACUUAAAAAUCAUUUUCAAAUUUUAAUUAAUUUAUUUUUAUUUUAUUAAGAAAAAAAAACGCAUAUGUAUAAGUUAUCAGUAAUAAAUUUUUAUCAAAAAUUGAAUUUGGACUGUUUAAAACUAAAACGCGAAAAGAUAUAGAAAUGAAAAAAUAACUAAAGAAACUUAAUUUAAGUUCGUCUAAGCAGUAUUACAUUUAAUUUUAUAUUUAAAAAAAAAUCAGUUACAAAAAUAUCAAAAUUAUUAAAUUUCCAAUUUUAUAAGUAGAUAUUAAUAAUUUCGUUUUGUGUUAACUUAGGGAAAUAAAUAUACAUACAUAACAUAAAAUUAAACUCGGGUUCGAUAUGAAGAGUAAUUCAAAAAAUUUUAUAAAAAAUAUGUGAAAUUAAUUUACAUAUUAUAUUUGAAACGUUCUUUUUUUAAUUUCUGAUACAACAAUUUGCUUUUUUUUUUAAUUAUUGUACGUAAGACAAGUAUAUUAUAAUAGAAAUUAAAUUUUACUCCAAAAUAAAUUCUUAUUAAAAUUAGUAAAAAUAAAAAAAAAUAAAAGUGUACCCCAAAAAAAAAAAUUA